ACACAGAGACACACACACACACACACACACACACACACACACACUGGGGUGGAGUCGGCUGUUUUUCUGCAGCUGAGACUUUCAGGAGUUUCAGGAGUUUCAGGAGUUUUUCGGGUAGACUCUGAGCCUUUCUCUGCGUCGUCAUGGUAACCACGGAGACCCACCAGAGCCAGGACCUUUUGGUCCCCCAGCAGAACCAGAACCAGCAGGACCAGGACCUCCAGGACCAGCUGGAGGACCAGGUUUUCACCGUGUCAGCGUUGGAUCCCGAGGCGAUGACUCAGGGUCCCGUCAACGCCAUCACGGUCCUCACGCUGCUGGACAAACUGGUCCACAUGCUGGACGCCGUGCAGGAGAACCAGGGCAAGAUGGAGGUGCACCAGGUGCAGAUGGAGGGCGUGGUCAGAGGGAUUCAGGCCGAUAUGACCAAACUGUCUAAAAGUCACAGCCACACGUCCAACACGGUCAGCAAGCUGCUGGACAAGAGCCGCAGACUCUCCGUCACCAUGAAGGAGGUGCGUGAUAAGAUGGAGCGUCAGGGCGUCCAGGUGAAGAAGCUGGAGGCCAACCACGCUCACCUGAUCAGCAGGAACAACUUCAAGGUCCUCAUCUUCCAGGAGGAAACCGAGAUCCCGUCUACGGUUUUCGUGAAGGAUCCGCCUCCGUUCCCUCGCGAGGAGAUUCUGGAGGAAGGGGAGGAGUCGGUGCAAGGCGUCGCCGACGGCAACCGUUCGGAGGAGGGGGGGCUGCACAGCAUCGACCUAUCGUCUGACGAGGACGUCGGGCUGGAGGCGGAGCUAGAGGAAGAGGAGGCGUGGCUUCAAGAUCUGGAGAACAACCCCGAAAAAUCCAGAACAGAGAAACUGAAACGCUCCAGUCUGAAGAAGGUGGACAGUCUGAAGAAGGCGUUCUCCAGGCAGAACAUCGAGAAAAAGAUGACGAAGAUCGGAACAAAGAUCGUUUCUAUGGAACAACGAGAUAAAAUCAAACAGAAAACCUCCAGCCUGAAGGUUUCUCCCAUGUCCUUCAGCUUCGGGAAGCAUCGUAGCGGCUCUGACUCUCAUCCGGCUGAAGCGUCUCUCCAGGAAGAGGAAGCGGUGAUCCCCGAGGAGACCGACGUCCAGCUGACCUCACCGGGAAGCACCGACCAGGAAGUAGCCUUCACCGAACAGGAAGUAGCAUUCACCAAACAGGAAGUGUCCUUCACCGAAGUCCACGCCCAGCUGGCUCCGGCCGAGCAGGUAGAGAAAGAAGAGGAGAAAGAGGGAAAGGAGAAGGGAGGAGAGGAAGAGGAAAAGGGGGAUGAAGAGGAGAAGGGAGAGGAAGAGGAGAAGGAAGAGGAAGAGGGGGAUGUGUCCGUGGGUUCGGAGGGAGUUGGUCCAGACUACGCUCUGUCCUCCACACUGCCUCAGGACGAGAACCAAUCAUAAACACUUCAACAAUUAGGGAAAUCUGAUUCUUCUUCACUUUCCUUCUGAGUAUGUUCUGAGUAACAACAACCUCCUGACAACCAGCCGGUCAGAAUCACCGUAACAACAACCUCCUGACAACCAGCCGGUCAGAAUCAUCGUAACAACAACCUCCUGACAACCAGCCGGUCAGAAUCACCGUAACAACAACCUCCUGACAACCAGCCGGUCAGAAUCACCGUAACAACAACCUCCUGACAACCAGCCG